AUGAGCGUUAAAAAACAAUCAUAUGUAGGAAGUACUACAGAUAAUUCAGAAGCAAUGUUUUAAGCAAAUUUCACAUAGAGAAACAUAAGUCUAAAUUAAAAUUACCCAUUACCUCUUUAAAAUCAAUAAUUUGUUCAAUAAUAAACAUUUCAAAACUAAAGAAUUUCAUUUGGUUAAGGAGAGAUUUGUUAACCAUAACAAACAAUUUAAAAAUAAAGAUCUGAGUACAACUUUCAACCUUAAUAUCCAGUGACUGAUUUAAAUAAUACAUUUACAAUGUUGCCAAAAGUAUUUGAAAUGGAUUAAGACUUUUUACCUUAGGAAAUACUAUUUCUUUUAUCAGAAGAAAAUAAUCAUUUGGAUAAAUUAAGAAAAAAAGUAGAUAGAGAAAAAGAAAAGAUAAAAAAAGAUAUAUGUUUUAUUAAGAGUGAGAUUUCAAAUAUGAUUGAAGAUUUAGGUGUUUAGAUGUAAUAAUUUGUAGAUGAACAUUAUAAACGAUAUUUGAAUGUUUAUGCUGCUUUUAAAGAUGAAGUUAUUUAAUUUAAGAAAACAAAAUUAGAAGCACCACUAAAUUUAGUACCUCCACCACCAUCAAAUAAUUUUGGAGAUUGUUCUAAUGCUAAUCUAAUUAGAGAGUUAGAAGAAAUGAAAUAUUAAAAUUAUGUUAGUAAAGUUAAUGCAUACAUAAGCAAUUUGGCUAAAUAAAGAGUUGAAUAAAUAUAAAUAAUAUCAAAGGAAUUAUUAUAAUUGACAAGUCAAAAUAGUGAAUUCUAUCAUUCUGAAGCUACUUUGAGACAAUUAAAUAUUAUAAAAUAAGAAGUAGAAGAAAAAUUAAUAACAAAGUUUGGUGACAUGACAGAUUACAUUUUACCUUUAGAUUUUAUGGAAAAAAAUUAAUAGAAAUAAAUAAAUUAAGAAAUAAAAUGUAAACUUAAUCUAGAAACAUAAUCACUUCCAUAAUCAGCCAUUAAAAUAAAUCCUUAUUUAAAUAUCCAAGAACCAAAAAUAACUUUAAAUUUUGAGAAUUAAAUCAAUUAAUUUAAUCAAUCAUAAUAGACAAUAUAAUAGUCUCCUAUAAUGUAAUUAUAAAAUCAUUUUAUAAAUACUCAUACAAUAUAAGGAAAAAUCACUGAAUUAUAAGAAAUGUAAUCAUAAGAUAUUAGACAUAAUGGAAUGAUACUUUGUUUUACAAAUAUUAAAGACAAUUUAAUUGCUACUGGAUCUAAAGAUACUAUUAUUAAUAUUUGGGAUAAUUCUUCUCUUAUAUCUUAAUUGAAAGGUCAUACUGAUGGAGUAUGUACAUUAACUGUAAUUAAAGCUAAUAAUAUACCUUUCUUUUUAGCAUCUGGAAGUGAUAAUGGAGAUAAAUCAAUUAAAAUUUGGAAUUUAUCAACUUUAAAAGAACAUAAUACUUUAAUAGAACAUUAAGCAGCUGUAGUUGCAUUAUUAUCAUUAGAUGAUGGAUCAACUCUUGUUAGUGGAUCAUAUGAUAAAUCAUUAUUGAUUUGGAAUAUUGAAAAUUAGAAACCAAUUUAAAGAUUGAUUGGUCAUACAAAUGCUGUAACUUGUUUAACAUUAGCUAAAGGAAGAUUCAUUUCUGGAGGAUUAGAUUAAAAUAUUAAUGUAUGGAAAAUAAAUAAAAAUUCUUAAGGACAAUUUUAAUCAGCAUAAUUGGAAAGAUCUAUUAAAAAUUAAACUUUGGUUUGUGCUUUAAAUGUUGUUUAAAUUUAAAAUAAUGUAUAAAAUUUAAUAUUAAUAAUUUUUAGACUAAAAUUAUUAGUGGAGGAAAAGAUGGUAAGAUAAGAGAAUUUGAUAUUAAUACAGGUGAACUUUUGUAAUCAUAAUAAGUAACUAAUGGACCUAUUGUAGAAAUGAUUGUUGCAUAAGAUUAUGUAAAUUAUUCUAUCAUCUCUAUGUCAAAUAAAGUAAUUAUAUUUAAAUUAUCCAAUAGGAUAGAAAUUUAGUGAUUACAACUUAAGGAGUAAAUAAAGUCUUGGAUACAAAUGAUUAAGUAUUUAUAGAAUUUGGAUGUGGAGUAUAUCCAAAAAUGGAAGUUGUUGAUAAAUCAGGAUAAUUAUAGUUAAAUAUAAUCUCAUAAAAAUAGGAUAUUUAGAAGAUAUUUAAAUAUAUCAUUUGA